CCAAACAUAAGAGUCUCUUGUAUGAAUUGUGUAUCUUCGGAACUCAAAAAAAAAAAAAAAACCCACGGAAAAUGGCAGUCACACAUGCUGACCUUGAACCAAGUCGAGGAAAAACGGAUUUGAGUAGCAAAACAGGUGUCUUACUUAUGGUUCUCACAAUCCUAUUGGGCCUAUUAUGCUUCACUCUUUGUCUCGUAGCAGAAGCCACACGUUCUCAGGUCACGUGGAUGAGCACAGCUGAAAAUGGAAAGGGAAAUAAUAAAUCUGAAUGUGCGUACAGUGGUAGUGGGAAAAUGCCAUUGCUAUGCGCUGUUUGUGCUUUCAUUGCACUAGCAAUUGCUAUGCUGGUGGAGCACACUUUUAUGCUCAUCGCAGUUAGUAAUUCGUCACCUGUAUUACUCGCCUGGGAUCCUGAUUCUGCUUCUGCCAAAUCGUUAUCAUGGCAAGCUGGAAUUUUCUUCACUACAACUUGGAUUUGCUUUGGAGUCGGGGAGAUUCUGCUUUUGGCAGGAGUGAGUGUAGAGUCAGGCCAUCUGAAGAAUUGGUCCAAGCCUAGAUCAAGUUGUCUUACCAUCAGGCAAGGCUUGUUCUGUGCUGCAGGGGUGUUAGCUUUAACCACAGUCUUUCUAGCUUCUGCUUUAUACCUAACGGCACUACGUGCCAUAAGAAUAUCACGGGAGCAAGAAAAUGUUCGACGGGAGGUGCUUAUGACUUCUUCCCUCCAUGCUUCUUCACCAAGAGCACCUCAACCACAUUUCACCACUGUUUCUAGGGAGAACCCCACCCCUGGCGCGAUGAAGGAAAAUCCCGGGAAUUUUGUGACGUUUGGACAUUUUAUCUUCCUUAACAACCCAAUUCAGGGGAAUUCGUCAUAGGAAAAAGUUAAUUCUAGGUGUUGGAUAAAUCCAAAUAUUAACUUUUUUAUAUUAUUUUUGAGGUUACCAUGUUAUGGGCGAUAGCUGUUAAAUUCCAUUGUGGCCCAUGAUUUUAUGUUUCAAAUCUUGUUUAGCGAUUUUUUCUUUGAAUCAGAUUUGUCUAUAUUUGAAGCGACAAUAUUAG